AUGGGUAAUUCACCCUCAUGUCCUGUUAAAACGGCCCUAAAAGGUCUGUUAAAAGCUAAGGAUUUGGAACUUAAAGAUAGGAUCAUUGAAAAUUUUCUAAAGGAGGUUGAUAGAGUUGCUCCGUGGUAUGCAGUGUCUGGACACCUCACAAUCAACAGUUGGGAUAAGCUCGGUAGAGACCUCGAUGCUGCAUGGGAAGAGGGACACCUCAGAGCGGGAGUUCGAGGGGUUUGGAAGCUGGUACGUGACUGUUUAAAAAAUGACAAGUGUGUGACUGCCUUAAGAAAGUCCGAAGAGGUUCUAGAACAGAUAAAAGAAACACGCUCAGAGGAAUCACAGUCAGGAGAAAGGCUCUACCCUAGCUUGGAGGACGCCAGUGAUACUGAAGAUAAGAGUUCAGACAGUGAUAGUUCUAGUGAGGAACAUUUAGAUGACUUAGAGGAAAAAAAUCACAAUCUUUUGUUAAGACUGGAGAGGGCCAGACUACUUAAAAAGGGGAAGCGAGAAAGACGGAAGCAAGGGAGAGACUCAGAAGAGUCUCCACCCUGUCAUAUGGAGCCUAGUGCUCCGCCCAUCCCUCUGCCUUACGGGCAAGAGUCACCUCCCUUACGGACUUCCUUUUGCCCUGAAGCAUGGAGGCAAGCUGCAGAGGCCUUCCCUGUUUUUGAGGACGCCAACCAGCAGCGUUAUCAUGAACCUGUUGACUUUAAACAAUUGAAGACAUUAGCAGAAUCAGUAAAGACCUAUGGGGUAGGAGCAUCAUUUACUCUUGCACUGCUGGAACAUCUUGCUCUACAUGCUCAAACGCCAGCUGAUUGGCAGAGCACAGUGAAAGCCUGUUUAACUGUUGGUCAAUACUUAGAUUGGAAAUCACUCUACACCGAUUAUGCCCUAGGCCAGGCGCGACAAAAUGCAGCACAAGGUCAACCAGCAUGGACUUUUGACAUGUUGACUGGCCAGGGACAGUGGGCUAAUAAUCAGACAGUUUACCCCCUACAAGUUUAUACUCAAAUAAAUGAGAUAACAAUUAAAGCUUGGAAGAAAAUUCCUAAUAAAGGUGAAGUGACUGGAAAUUUGUCAAAGAUAAUUCAAGGGCUUACUGAGCCAUCCUCUGAUUUUGUAGGAAGGAUGGUUGAGGCAGCAGGGAAAAUUUUUGGUGACCUAGAUACAGCUAUGCCUUUAGUAGAGCAGCUCAUAUAUGAACAGAGUACUAGAGCAUGCCAGCAAACCAUCACCCCGUGGAAAAAUAAGGGACUCCAAGUAUGGUUAAAGUUUGCAGGGAAAUUGGUGGCCCCCUGA